AUGGCUGUUCAGCUCACCGACAUCAAAAUCAAGAAUGAUGACGUCAGCAACCAUGUGACCGAAAUCGGCGGACAUCAUAGCAGAUCGAAUGUACCGUUGGAUAAUAAAGGAUUUGAACCGGAUGAUGGGAAGAAUGAUGACGUGUUACAAAUGGACAAAGAGAAAGACUUCCACGAUGACGUUAAUGAGGAAGACACAGGAUGUCCACGAUACGUGGGGGCCCUUCAGAAUAAUCUACAUGACUUCUACACAGAUCAUAAAAAGACCAUACACUUUAUAUUCUAUACUGUAUUGGUAAUGCUGUACUUGGCCUACUUUUCCUAUGCAAUGUACUUCCGGUUUGGUGACGAGGGAUCUGUGCGCCUUCUCGUCAUCACCAUUCUAGUGGCAGUGGGGGUGCCUGUUAAAAUAACGUUAGGAAUCUAUGGAAAUCAAAUUGCCGCAAUUCUGCGACGAUCAUUGAAUUCAACAUUGAGAACCAAGAUUUCAAGAAAUAUCAAUGUAUUCCUAUCAAUUGGACUUUCCAUUUUUGUCUUUGUGUACGUCAUAGUGGAGAUUGCACUGAAAACACCCCGAAAUAUGAUCUCCGCGGGGGGUCUUGCAACCCUUAUUCUCCUUUUUUAUGUGUUUUCCGUCAACCCUGCUAAGGUAAAGUGGCGACCUGUGUUCUGGGGUCUCAUGCUCCAGUUUCUGUUUGCACUCAUCAUUUUGAGGUGGCAGGGCGGAUAUGAAAUGUUCGAAUGGAUCGGUAACCGUUUUCAGGAGUUCAUCAAGUACACGGAUAAAGGAUCCGAAUUUGUGUUCGGGGAAAAUUACACUGAUCAUUUCUUCGCAUUUUCGGUUUUGCCUGUCAUUGUUUUCUUUAGUACAUCAGUCUAUGUUCUGUACUAUCUCGGCGUCAUGCAAUUCAUCAUUCGGAACAUCGCACGUUUUUUGGCGUAUGCUUUAGGUACUUCUCCCACUGAAUCAUUGAAUGCGGCAGGAAACAUUUUCCUUGGUCAGAGUGAGGCGCCGUUACUGAUUCGACCUUUUCUGUCCAAGUUGACGAAGUCUGAACUUCACGCUGUUUGUACGGGAGGGUUCGCUACAAUAGCCGGAAGUGUCAUGGCCGCUUAUAUUCUUUACGGUAUUCCGGCCAAUCACUUGUUGUCUGCCUCCGUCAUGUCUGCACCAGCGGCGCUUGCAAUGUCCAAGCUCUUCUACCCCGAGACAGAGGAGUCCCAGAUUAACUCCAAUGAUGUAUACAAAAUGUCUAAAGGACCAGAGCGAAACAUUAUAGAGGCAGCUUCAUCGGGUGCAUCACAAUCAAUAAAACUGGUUGCAAACGUUGCGGUGAAUCUGAUUGCAUUCGUUUCACUUUUAGAAUUUGUCAAUGCCACGCUUAAAUGGUUUGGCAAUAGAGUAGGGAUGGAACCACCGGAGGACGAACUUACGUUUGAGUUAAUAUGUUCUUACGUCUUCUGGCCACUGGCUUUUCUGAUGGGUGUUAACUCUGGUGAUUGCCCGAAAGUGGCCGAACUGAUCGGUAUUAAAACGUUUAUAAACGAGUUUGUGGCUUACACCAGUCUCUCCAAAUACAUCAAGAACGCUCAGAAUCUCAGUUGGUAUGAGGGCUUGGCACACAGCAACACAUCCAACAUUUCCGGUGUGUUUAAUUCCACAUGGCGAUACGUCAAUGGAGACAUUGUGUAUGAUGACCUGAACAUAACAUUGGUUGGAGGAAUACUUGCUGAGAGAUCCGUCGUUAUUUCAACGUAUGCCCUGUGUGGUUUCUCCAACAUCUCUUCCAUCGGCAUCAUGUUGGGUGCCCUUGGCGCCAUGGCACCCUCUCGGAAAAGUGACCUGUCACAAGUUGUUUUCAGAGCAAUGAUUGCUGGAAACGUAGCUUGUUUCAUGACUGCCUGCAUCGCUGGUUUGUUGUAUGAAGGAGAACUGUGAUAUCUUGGCCUAACCUGUUCAUUUCGGUACCUCCUUGCCAAUACGUGUAGUUUUAGGA